AUGCCUCUGAUUACCUUGGGAGACGAGGAAUUGAGCGAUGACUCGGCAGCGUUGCAGAAGGAAUUAGAAGUGAGAAAAUUUGGGAAUAGUAGAACAUUUCAAGUGGAGAGUUCAGAAAAUUUUUCAAAGCGAUGAGUCAGAAGCGAGCACGUCGUCUUUCUCAUCACCGCCCACGCAUUCAGCAGAACAGUCGGAGACUUAUUCAGACAAGCAGUGGGUACUUCAUCCUGACAGUUUCAUUAACGUAUUUUCAGACGUAGAAGCCUUGAAGGCACUUCCAAGAUAAAGUUCGACGUAAUCGAACGUCCAGAGCACGGUACCUUAGGAAAAGAGCUAGCAGUCCGUGCCAAUUACUUCCCGAUGACCGUCCCGAACAUCACGGUCCAUCGAUAUCGAGUUGAAAUCUUGCCAAAAGGGCCCAGGGACUUGAAUCGGUUAGUCAAGUGUAUACCUGUUUUAGCUUUCAGUAACAUUCAGAAAAAUCCUGGCGCACCUCCUCGAAAAGUACUCUAACCACUUCAACGGACUUCUUUGUGCCUACGACGGCCGAGAGUUCCUCUACGCCAAAAGGAUCUUGCCAAUUGGCGCAAAGAAGACGCUGAUAGAACUGUUACUUCCGGAUGCGAACCAAAGAAAUCCAUUCCAAAUUUCCAUAGAGUACCUCGCAGAAGUUCAGUUGGAAGCAGCGAUGAAUGGACAGCACGAGGCGGUGCACGCUCUGCAAACUAUUCUGUCGCAUAUUCCCGGAACCCGUUCCGUUCAAAUCGGAAAGUCGUUUUUCAAGCCGCUCAAGAAGCACUACGAUUUGACGGGCGGGCUUGAGCUGUGGCAAGGACACUAUCAAGCGGUUCGACCAACUCAAAUGAGAAUGCUGCUGAUGGUGGACCCGGCCGCCUCUUCGUUCCUUCAUCCGCAGAGUGUGCUCGGGUAUCUCUGCGACGUGCUGCAGAUUUCGGAGGAAUCACUGAGGAAGAGGACGCCGUUGAAUUCGGAGAGUGUGAUAAAGUUUGGAAAGGAGAUGAAAGAGGUGAAGAUCGAGAUGGAGCUCAACGGAAUGAAGAGGAAGCAUAGGGUUCUGCGGAUGACGCAUCGGCCGGCUGCCAUUCAGACCUUUCCAAUGUAUCAGGGAGAAACGAAUUCUAAGGAGUCGUGGACUGUUGAAGAUUAUUAUAAGAUGAGAUAUGAGUACAAACUGAUCUACCCACAUCUUCCUUGCCUACAGGUUUAUUUUCAGUAGACACGCUUGCAUAAUGGGCAACUAUAACUUUCAGGUCGGCAAGCAAGAUCGUAACACGUACAUCCCAAUGGAGCUCUGCAAGAUUGUGACAUGUCAGCGGUAUCAGAGAAAACAGACGGACGAGCAGACGAGCAGAAUGAUCCGCCGGACCGUCCGUCUGGCGCCAGCCACCGAGCGGGAGAUUCACAAAAUUUUGAAGUUUGCCAAUUUUGAGAAUGACGCCUACGCAUCAGAGUUCGGAGUAGCCGUCGGAACGAGCAUGGUCGAAUUGAGCGGCCGGAGACUGCCCGCGCCGUGGAUCCAGUAUAGCUCCAGAACUCCAGCGAACGUAGCCACACUGCCAGAGCAAGGAGCUUGGGAUAUGAGUGGGCGGCACUUCCACACUGCCAUCAAGCUGGCGACGUGGGCGAUGAUCUGUUUUGCACCGGAAAGUUUUGUGUCCCGGCCGAACCUCCGCAGUUUCACCCACUGCUUCAGGGAGUGGUCUGGGUCGGUCGGAAUGCACGUAACCUCAGUUCCAUCCUACGCGGUCUAUGCCUGCGAGAACGAUCAAGUGGAGCACAUCCUGCAGUACAUUGUGCACGUUUAUCCGAACAUUCAGUUGGUUAUGGCGAUUCUGCCCGGCAAAACGCACGUCUACAACGAGAUGAAGAGGGUGGCGGACACCAAAUUGGGCUUGCCCACUCAGUGCGUCGAUGCGAAGAAUGUCAAAAAAACCAGCAGACAGACGGUGCUCAAUAUCUGCCAGAAGAUCAACAUGAAGUUAGGAGGCGUCAACAGCGUUCUGGCGCCGAGUUACCGCUUCCCGAUUCUUCAGCAACCAACCAUCUUCAUCGGAUUGCACAUUUCUAGACCCCCAAAACGAGAAAAUAAUAAACCGUCCACGGUCAGUGCAGUCGGAAGUAUCGAUGCACAUCCCAGCAGGUGCCACAACUAUAUUUAGCUUCUCAACAAAGUAAACUUUCUAGAUACGCCGCCUCGAUUCGUCUCCAGGACCAACAUCCGAUUGUGGCCCUGGAUCUCACGAGCAUGAUGUGCGAGCUGCUCAAAAAGUUCUACCGUAGCACGGGCUUCAAACCUACCCGCAUCGUUUUUUACCGUGAAGGAGUGGCCGAGGAAAACAUGUACAACGUGCUCCAAUACGAGCUCAGAGCCAUCCGGAACGCCUGCAAGACUCUGGAAACCAAAUACGAGCCCGGAAUCACCUUCAUUGCCGUCAAAAAGCGUCAUCACACGCGUCUAUUCCCAGUUCAUGAAGAGGAUAUGACCGGCGAGUCGAAGAAUGUGCCGCCGGGGACUUGCGUGGAUCACGGAAUUUGUCACCCAAACCGCUUCGAUUUCUACCUCUGCUCCCACGUGGCAGUCCAAGGAACCGCCCGACCCACUCAUUACCACGUGCUGUGGGAUGAUAGUCGGCUCUCCGCGAACGACUUGCAGCAAAUGACACAUCACUUGUGCUACACUUACGCGCGGUGCACAAGAGCAGUCUCAGUUCCGGCGCCGGUUUAUUACGCACUUUUGGCGGCCUUCCGUGCACAGUAUCAUUUGAAUCUGGAGAAAUGGAAUGAGGCUUCGGAGGACGGAAGUAGCACUCCAGAAACCGAUAUGGAGAAGAUGAACAAAGUGGUCAAGGUAGAAAAGUUUGGGAAAAGUCUAAAAUAUCGGUAUUCAAUUUUCAGAUUCAUCCGAACGCCGUCAGUUCCAUGUACUUUGUCUGA